CAUGGUGUUGGAAAAUUUCGUGUCGAGAUUGUGAUUUCCAUAAACUGACGCAGAUCCUAGCGGGUUUCCGCUGAUGGAGCAUUCAGACAUAGGUGCUGGGUCUAUGGACAGCUCUCUGGGCAUGGAUAACAGCCCAAUGCCCAGUGUGGGUUCCAUGGGGCACAUGGCCUCCAUGGGGUCCCCUCCCGACAUCAAACCGGACAUUUCACAACUCCACCAUUCACCCACCAGUACCCAGGGGCCGUACUUCACCUUUGGCCAUGCUCCCUUCCCAGGGAUGCAGCCCACUUCCACUCAACAGUCCAUGUCCCUGGCCUCGCCCACCCUUCACUCCCCAUCCUCCAGUAUGAACUCUCCCGGUUUGGCCAACCUAGCCUCCCCAGGUUCAUCAAUCGCCUCUCCUCCCAGUGCCCACAUGCCCCACUCCAUGUCCAACAAACACAUCUGUGCCAUUUGUGGUGACCGGGCAUCCGGUAAACACUACGGUGUCUACAGUUGUGAAGGUUGUAAAGGGUUUUUCAAGAGAACCGUGAGGAAGGACUUGACAUACGCAUGUAGGGACGACAAGAACUGUGUGAUCGACAAACGCCAGAGGAAUCGAUGUCAGUAUUGUCGCUACAUGAAGUGCUUGUCAAUGGGGAUGAAGAGAGAAGUUAUUUUUGCAGCUGUACAGGAGGAACGACAGCGCACAAAAGAGAAAAUGGAAGGCGAGGUAGAGAGCACAAGUAGUGCCAACAAUGACAUGCCCACAGAGAGGGUACUGGAGGCGGAGCUAGCCGUGGAACCCAAAACAGAUACAUACAUUGAUACACAGAAAGAUCCAGUGACAAACAUCUGCCAGGCUGCAGACAAGCAGCUGCUGACCCUGGUGGAAUGGGCCAAGCUGAUCCCACACUUCACUGAGCUCCUGCUAGAUGACCAGGUCAUUUUACUGAGGGCAGGGUGGAAUGAACUGCUGAUUGCCGCCUUCUCGCACCGGUCCAUCGCUGUGAAGGACGGUAUUCUGUUAGCCACUGGACUGCACGUUCACCGCAGCAGUGCCCAUCAGGCGGGCGUGGGCACCAUAUUUGACCGGGUUCUGACGGAACUCGUGGCCAAGAUGAGGGAGAUGAAGAUGGACAAGACAGAAUUGGGCUGUCUGCGUGCAAUUGUCUUGUUCAACCCAGAUGCUAAGGGUUUAUCAGCAGUGCAAGAAGUGGAAGGGCUGAGGGAGAAAGUGUACGCCUCCUUGGAGGAGUACUGUAAGAGUCAGUACCCUGAUGAGCCAGGCCGAUUUGCCAAACUGCUGCUACGUCUUCCCGCCCUACGUAGCAUCGGGCUGAAGUGUCUCGAACAUUUGUUUUUCUUCAAGCUGAUUGGAGACACUCCCAUUGACACGUUCCUUAUGGAGAUGUUAGAGACUCAGAGCACGGGGACCUAACACGGCGACCCCACGGAGAAGAGGGUCUCACCUGAACACCCAGGGACAGACAGGGGCUUGAUCCAUUACGUACAGGGGCGAUUAGAUUCUGUGGUAUCCUGGUCUCGGCACACUUAUUGCAACAUCAUGAUCAAUAUCUCAGCAGUGUUCAGCUUCAUAGAGGACUGUCUUCUAUUUGAAGGAGCUUCAGCUUUUAAAAAAUCAAAAAACAACUUUUAUCAACUGACAGUAUUCUUUAGGGUUUUAAGUUUAUAAAGGGUGUGAGGGAUUGUGAAAUAUUACAUGUGGCUUCUUUUGACAGCUAUUUGAUCACAUUUUUUGCCCUCUUAACAAUGUCACUUGAGAGAACCUCUCAUACGUAUUGGCAGAAAAGAUUUUAGUACCUGUAAAUCAUCCAAGUUUCCGUUUUAGGGUACACGAAUAUCAGGGUUGUCAUUUUGUGCCAGUCUGGACGCCAAACUGGUGAAUACCUGCUCUCUCAUCAUGCUAAAUGUGUGCAGCAUUCAGAGGCCUAGAACUCUGGUUACCAUGGUGACAGGUCUUCUUCUGUAACCUUACAGCAGCAUCGAUUGCUCCUUCUACAACUUGUUUCAUCGGUGACCAAUGUUGGAUAUUCCAUGCACUUACAUGUAGUUUACAUACUCAUUUGCCUUAUCUGCACAUUUACCAACUGUUGUAGUUUACAUUCUCACCAGUUAAAGCGAUGUGUGGCUGGUUUUGAUGCCGAAAAACUAGUAAGCGAGACAAACUUAUUGACUUCAAAGGAAACUGUCGGUUUGAUAACAACAAGAUCCAAUUGGUUUUAUUCUAAAAUUAUUUUGAAAGUGCGAUUUUCUUGUCUUUGCAUGUAAAUCUGUUGCCUAAUGACUGGUUUCAAACUUUUUGUUCAGAAUUUUGAAAAUUUAACUCCAUUCAGAGUUUGAGUUGAAGUGCCUAAAGUUAUUCUGGAAAGGUCUAGUAUUAUUGAUACCAUAAAAUGGCGGAGUUUCAAACAAUGUUAAAACCAAGCAGGCCUGUUCUCUGUGGACUGAAGGCUUCAGGGAAUGGUCGGUGAAAUGGUCAACACUGCUGAUCGUAGCAAUAUCAAAUUCAGGAGAUCACAUUGUGCAUAUGAUCUGCUUCUCGUGGAAUUUUUGGUACGUGUCUUUAUAGGGAUAGUGCCGUGUAAAGAAAACACCCUGAAAGCCCUGGUUGAGUCUGGACAUCGUUACAACUUACAGUUGAAACCACAGUCACGCAAUCAACCCGACUGCCGUAACACCCUCAGUGUUUGUCAGUGGUAACUCAAUCACACACUUAAGUUGUGACAUCAGGCUGCCAGACGCCUUCACAAUCAAACCGUCAAUGACCAAAUCAUGCUGAUUGAUGUGGUAACAACACUGAAAGAAAUUCCUUGGCUUAUGUAAAUAGCAGUAUGUACUGAUGUGAUCCAGUUUAUAUCAUAUGGUGUAAACCAGAUUCAUUGAUUGGGCAUCAUGAGAGCUGGAUAAAAGGGCUACUACCUACUAGGGAAACCAUUCAAGUCAAAACAUUGUGAUGAUAUUAGUUGCUGUAGUUCUCGCAUGGUCAUUGUUUUCCACAGAUUCGCCUAGUUUCGACCAAAGCACCAUGUAACCAGAGAAACAUGACUUCUGCUUGUGGCGGCCUGUGCUCGGCCUGGACAGGGCUUUGACUCAUAUGUACAUACCUCCUGUUAUGUCAUGCCAUGGUACUGUGGAGACCUGUACUGUGGAUACCAUAUAUAAACACAUACACACACAUACAAUCAUCCCAGCGUCUGUUACCCAGUUUCCUAGCUUACCAGUGGGUACCCAAGAAAGUUACCCCGUGGAUCCAGCUUCAUUUGUUUAGCCAUGGCACCCCCAUUAAUAGUGCUAUAUGUUAUUGUUCAAUGGAAAAUGUUGUGACCAUGGUCACAUGGAGAUGUGUCCAAACUGCUGGCUGUGCCCAGACAGUCUCCAUAUGAUUGUUAUAUUUUCUGUGUAUUUUGGUUGCGUCCAUGAUGGAAACGAUCCCUCAUUCAUGAGCCCCAUGGUUCCACGAUAAGCCAGCACCCGGUGUAUAUAUUUUAGGGUCAUUUGUUAGCGUGUUUUUGACACACACACACACACACACACACUCUCGCUCACUCACACACACACACUCGCAUUCACACGGAAAACAGGCACUUUUUAGCCAUUGGGCACUGUUAUUAUUCUCCCAAUUCAUUAUAUGCUAUUGUAGAAGUACUCACGUUUUUAAUUGAUUAUAUCUCUUACAAUCUUGAUUGUAAAUAGUACUAUUUAUAGAUGUUCUUAUGGUCUUUUAACUUAUGCUAUCAAUAUCUGGUAGGUUGAAAUCACGAUGGAAUUGCUUGAAAAGGCAUCUUGAAAUAUUCACUAGAAGUCACUGCUCCCAGGAUUGUUCUGGGGGUGUAACUUCUGUAUUGUAACUUCUAGUGAGUGUUGCCAAAACUGCAAAAAAUAACCUCAGUGAAUAGCAACCACAGGGGCAAGACGCAGACGCUAGUGCUCUAAGUAUUCUGGAGUGCCCUUUAUAUUCCAUAGAGUUUAACCGCGCUAAGUACCAUUACAUUUACCAUAAUAAGAAUGACUUCAGAUGAAACAUCAUGUUCUGGUUCAUUGCGCGUCAUAUCCCACAAAAGUUUUAACAUUGAGCGAAAGAAGCGAGGGGGGAUAAGCUUGCAGCAAACAAUAUUGUGUUGAAUGUCUCUUGCACUGAGUCUGUCUGAUUUUAAGCAGCAGAUUUUAAGCACUGUUCGAAUAACCUCUGUCUGUGUCAGUGAUAAGCAGUGUUGUCCGGUUCCAGGGUUACGUUUUCAGUAUAAAUUUUAUGAAGAUCAUGUGCUAUUUGCAAUGCUGGAAUAGACAAAAAUUGUACAUUUUUGAAUUUACAGGUUGUGUAGUAACAAAAAAUGAUGUAUCGAAGAAAAAAAAAUUAACGACACAACUGUCUUGAUAGUGAAACAAAUUAAAUUAUGGCUGGUAAAUUGAAUGGUUAGAUACUGUUAAUCUCACCCAUGUUGUUUUUGUUGUACAUAACAGCCACAUAGAAACAUUGUGUAUGACAAGUUCAUAUUUGUUUGUAGUUGAAAAUACCGAAUUGCUAAGUCGACUUGUGUUGCAUGAAGGUGUUAAUGUGUUUUUCUUAUGUUAAAUUCCUGUGACUGGUGGAUUUCGUUAGAACUCUCCAAAGGGAGACAAGCUCUGCUAUCCAUGGCACAGCAGAGCCCUCUAUAUAGUUGAACAGGAACAGUAUUCAUUAAUAUGAUAUCAGGACUUGUCUCCCUUUGCAAAAAAUACAUGUAUGUAUUUAUUUGAAUGCUGAAAUUUGAGUGUCUGUCGGACACCAGCUCACAUCUUAGCGUGUUAAAUGGCUGGUGAUAGCAGCACACUGGUUUGAUGUAUUUUCUGCUUUAUAGUCCGGGCUUUUUAUAAGUUUACCUUUUAAACUGCUGUUCUCCGAAAACAUACUCAUUUAAACCCAAGUUUUGCAAUUUUCUGAAAGUAUUGUUGAAAUGGGAUAACAAACGACACAUGAACAAAAAUUCGGUCCGAGAGUGGUCGUUAGGUGAUGCUCUUUCGGUCUAUGAAUCAUUGUACAUGUGUAUUAAAUAAACAUGUCCACUAGCAAAAA